UCAAUGUGAACACACGCACGGCACUGUUUCUUGAAAUCCAUGUUACGUAUUGACGUGUCUGUUAAAUAAUUUAUUAAAUGGGUGAUUAGUGGAAAACAAAAGCAAUAACUGACAACAAAAGUGAUAUGUGAUGAGACGUUUUGGAUUACAUUGAAGAGCAUGUUUGUUUUACUGGCAGUUCUCUGUUUACUUAUAAAAGAGUCCCUUCUUCUGAGAAUAGUUCAUGUAACGGUCCCCUCGUACCGGGUGAGAGGUCAGCCCGCCCAACUGGAGUGUAAUUACGAACUAGGAGACGACACUCUCUACUCAGUGAAAUGGUACAGAGAUAAUGAAGAGUUCUAUCGAUUUAUGCCGAAAUACGACCCUCCGAAACACGCUUACAAACUCGAUGGAGUCAAAGUGGAUAUAUCGAAGUCAGACGACAGAAAAGUCGCCUUACACCAGGUGACACUCAAAUCAACAGGUUUGUACCGAUGCGAAGUUUCCGCGGAAGCGCCAAGCUUCGCUUCAGCUGCCGGGGAGGGCAGAAUGGAGGUUAUCUAUUUACCACGCGAAGGCCCUCGAAUAACAGGCAAUGAACAAGAGAAUAGACGAGGAGAUUCUUUGUUCCUCAACUGCACCUCAAGCCGGUCUUAUCCUGCAGCGGUCUUGAGUUGGGAUAUUGAUGGUGAAAAGGUCACAGACCCACUGCUAUUGGUGGAAUACCCAACAGUGCAGCACGCACACGGCCUGCUAUCAUCAGCUCUGGGUUUGAGAGUCCCUGCUGGUCGCACGAUGCAAGUGCGAUGCACCGCUCGCGUCGCGCCCGCCUGGCGGGAAGGCAGGGAAGCUGUCGUCGGCAGUGGCCAACUUGCGGACAGUAAAGAGGCCAUGUUAUUAGUGCGAAGCUCGAGCUCGGUGUCUACAUUAAGUGUAAUUUUGUUAACACUUUCUGUUCUUCGAGUUCUCAGUUCUUUGUUGGAGUCGGAAACGUGAUAAAUUGUCUCUGGUCUCCUUUUAAAAGGCAACGUUACUCUGGACUAACCUUCGCUCGAAAGGCGAUCGUUUUGGUAAAUUUAUAGUCGUGUUACUUUAGGGCCUUCUUUAGUAUGUCGUGUUGAAUUCGAAUUAAUAAUACUACUAGUAUUUUAUAUAUUAUGUUCAUUAAACUAUAGUUUUGGGGCUCAUCCGCAAACGCUAUAUAAUUUUUAACCUGAACUGAAUUACUUUCAAUAGAAGGGCUAUUUUUAACUCGUUUUCUAUGAAGUUGUCAAAAUAAUUAGUAUGAUCUUACUGGACAUCAAG